GCACCGUCACGUGACCGAAAGCCUCCUGGCGCCGCGUGACCGGAAGCGCGGUGACGUCAUUGUUUGCGGAAGUGCCGGUGCGGAGCCGGGUGCCCAUGGAGCUGCUGUUCGGGCGCAGGCGCUCCCCCGAGGAGCUGCUCCGGCAGAACCAGCGCGCUCUGUCCCGCGCCGUGCGCGAGCUGGAGCGCGAGCGGCAGAAGCUCGAGGCGCAGGAGAAGAAAAUCAUCGUGGACAUCAAGAAAAUGGCCAAGCAGGGCCAGAUGGACGCGGUGCGGGUGCUGGCCAAGGACCUGGUGCGCACGCGGCGCUACGAGCGCAAGUUCAUCGCCAUGAGAGCCAACGUGCAGGGGGUGGCACUGCGGGUGCAGACCCUGCGGUCACACAGCGCCAUGGCCACCGCCAUGCGGGGGGUGACACGGGCCAUGGCCACCAUGAACCGACAGCUGAAGCUGCCCCAGAUCCAGCGCAUCCUGCUGGAGUUCCAGAAGCAGUCGGAGCUGAUGGACAUGAAGGAGGAGCUGAUGAACGACGCCAUCGACGACGCCCUCGGGGACGAGGACGACGAGGACGAGAGUGACGCUGUGGUGUCCCAGGUCCUGGACGAGCUGGGGCUGAACCUGACCGAGGAGCUGGCCACCCUGCCAGCCCCGGGGGGGUCCCUGGCAGCGGGGGAGGGGCGCGGGGGGGCCGAGGCGGCCGCGGCCGCUUUGGCCGACGCCGACGCCGACCUGGAGGAGAGGCUGAAGAACCUGAGGAGAGACUGAGCCCAGGGCGGCUCAGCUGGCACUUGGGCACUGCUGGGACUUGCUGGGACUUGCUGGGAUUUUUCCUGAUUUUCCCCGAUUUUUUCCGGUUUUUUUGGGAUUUUUUUGGGAUUUUUUUGGGAUUUUUUCUGAUUUUCGGCCGUCCCAUGGGGGGGUUUUGCCCCUUUAUUCUGAUUUCUCUGCCCCACUCCUGGGAGCCCCCAGAGUCUGAUCCCCUUCCGUUGGGAUUUUUCCCCUUUUGGGGAUGGUUUGGGAUUUUUUGGGAGUUUUUAGGAUUUUUUUGGAUUUUUUUUGCAUUUUUUUCGGAUUUUUGGGGGAUUUUUUUUGGAUUUUUUCUGAUUUUCGGCCAUCCCAGAGGGGGAAUUUUGCCCCUUUAUUCCAAUUUUUGGGGGGAUUUUCCAGUGCCUGCCCCACUCCUGGGAGCCCCCAGAGUCUGAUCCCCUUCCGUUGGGAUUUUUCCCCUUUUUGGGAUGUAAAAAAAAAAUUUGGGAUUUUUUUUCUGAUUUUUUUGGGAUUUUUUUUUGGACUUUUGGCCAUCCCAGAGGGGGAAUUUUGCUCCUUUGUUCUGAUUUUUGGGGGAUUUUUUGGGAUGGUUUGGGUGGUUUUGGGAUUCUGGCCAGACCCCAGUGGGAUUUCCCCUUUUUUUUGGGAUUUCCCCUUUUUUGGAGGAUUUCCCUUCUUUAUUUUGGAUUUUUUUGGGAUUUUGGGGCAGGAUUUCCCCCUUUUUUGGGAUUUCCCCCUUUUUUCGGAUUUCCCUUUUUUUUGGGACUUCUCUCAUUUUUUGGGGAUUUUCACUCUUUUUUUUGGGAUUUCCCCAUUUUAUUUAAUAUUUCCCCCUCUAUUUAGGAUUUCCCAUUUUUUGGGAUUUCCCAUUUUUUGGGAUUUCCCAUUUUUGGGAUUUCCCAUUUUUGGGAUCUCCUCCUUUUUUUUGGGAUUUCCUCCUUUUUUGGAGACUUUCCCCUUUAUUUGGGAUUUUCACUCUUUAUUUAGGAUUUACUUUUUUGGGGGGGAUUUUCCCUUUUCUGGGAUUUCCCAUUUCAGGGACUUUCCCAUUUUUGGGAUUUCUCUUUUUUUGGGAUUUCCCUUUUUUGGGAUUUCCCAUUUUUGGGAUUUCUCUUUUUUGGGAUUUCCCUUUUUUGGGAUUUUCCAUUUUUGGAAUUUUCACAUUUUUGGGAUUUCCCAUUUUUGGGAUUUUCCCUUUUCUGGGAUUUCCCAUUUUUGGGAUUUCCCAUUUUUGGGAUUUUCCAUUUUUGGGAUUUCUCUUUUUUUGGGAUUUUCCAUUUUUGGGAUUUUCCAUUUUUGGGAUUUCUCUUUUUUUGAGAUUUUCCAUUUUUGGGAUUUUCCUUUUUCUGGGAUUUCUCUUUUCUGGGAUUUCCCUUUUUUGGGAUUUCCCAUUUUUGGAGCUUUUUGACCUCCCAGGCUCUUCCCCCUUUUUGGGGUUCCCCCCUCCUUGGGACACUAUUUUGGGGUCAAUUCCCAUUUUUGGGGUUUUUUCCCCCCUUUUUGGGGUUUCCCCCUCCUUGGGACACUAUUUUGGGGUCAAUUCCCAUUUUUGGGGUUUUCCCCAUUUUUGGGGUCUCUCCCCCGCUCUGGAUCUCUCCCAUUUUGGGUUUUUUCCCCCAUUUUGGGUUUUUUUCCCCCAUUUUGGGGUUUUUCCCCCAUUUUGGGUUUUUUUCCCCAUUUUGGGUUUUUCCCCUCCCCCAAUAAAGGUUCGGCCCCGA